UAGCUGCAGGAGUAUGGCAGGUGCUGAGGCGGCGGUGGUGUUGUCGUCUUUGCAAACAAACGCAGUCCCAGUCCCUGAAACUGUAGGUACAGCUGCAGCAACGACCGCAACCUCGCAAGCGACGGCUGCAGCCGCUGCGGUUGCGGCCGCAGCCACCACUGAAUCCGAUGCCAGGGUCUCCAAGGCCGCUAUGGCUACUAAGCUCCUGUCCCUGAGCGGCGUGUUCGCCGUGCACAAGCCCAAAGGGCCCACUUCAGCCGAGCUGCUGAAUCGGUUGAAGGAGAAGCUGCUGGCAGAAGCUGGAAUGCCUUCUCCAGAAUGGACCAAGAGAAAAAAGCAGACUUUGAAAAUUGGACAUGGAGGGACACUAGACAGCGCAGCCCGAGGAGUUCUGGUGGUUGGAAUUGGAAGGGGAACAAAAAUGUUGACCAGUAUGUUAUCAGGGUCCAAGAGGUAUAUUGCCAUUGGAGAACUGGGGAAAGCUACUGACACACUAGAUUCUACAGGGAAAGUAACGGAAGAAAAACCUUAUGAUAAAAUAACACAAGAAGAUAUGGAAGGCGUUCUGCAGAAAUUUACUGGGAAUAUAAUGCAAGUACCCCCCCUGUAUUCUGCAUUAAAGAAAGAUGGACAGAGACUUUCAACUUUGAUGAAGAGAGGUGAGGUGGUAGAAGCAAAGCCUGCCAGGCCAGUUACCGUAUACAGUAUCUCCCUUCAAAAAUUCCAGCCACCGCUUUUCACAUUAGAUGUUGAAUGUGGAGGAGGUUUUUAUAUCAGAAGCUUGGUCAGUGACAUUGGCAAAGAACUCUCUUCCUGUGCCAAUGUACUAGAGCUGACUCGAACCAAGCAGGGACCAUUUACACUAGAAGAGCAUGCCCUCCCUGAAGACAAAUGGACAAUCAAUGACAUUGCACAGUCUCUUGAACAUUGCUCAUCCCUUCUCCCUGCAGAGAUGGCACUUAAGAAGUCAAAACCUGAGGAGUCCAAUGAGCAGGUUUUGAGCUGUGAAUAUAUAACUCUAAAUGAGACAAAGGGAGAGGAUGAUGUAAUUAAGGCAUUUUGAGAUUGGCCUGGGAGUGUCACCGUUCCUGGUUGAUGUUUGAAUCCUGUGUGCAGAUG